AUGUCAAACUCAUCACAAAAUACAAUAAAUAGCAAUAGUGCUGCUCAACAAAUGAAAUCGAAUGAUCCAGCCGAAAUAUCAAAUUCUUCAAAUUCUUCAGAAAAAAGAUCUUUUUCCGAAGAUAUCGAUACUCAAACAAAAAAAAUUAAAAUUGAAACUCCAUUACUUGCACAAAAAGCUUCGAUGCCUUCUGGUACAAGUGCUGUAGCACCCAAAUUUAUGAGUGCAGCUGCUAUGGUUGCAUCACGUUUAGAAAUUAAAGAUGAAGAGUUUCUCAAGUUUGCAAUCAAAUUUCGAACGUGA